UACUGCUCUUCACCAGUCUCGAGAAUCUAGCGCAAUCCGGUUUGGCAACACCGGAACGUCAACAUUGGACACCGAGAGGGAAAGGAAGCCGCUUGUUGUGUGAUUUUAUUAACGUAUUUGGUUGUCAUUUACGGCUGGCAGGAGUUAGACGCUCAGAAAGAUCAUAACAGGCUAAUCAUGUCGCUGGCACAAGGAGCUCCCCUUUUAUCAAGGCUGGUGUCGUCAUCAGUUGCCAUUGCAAGCCAGGCAGGACAUGUUAUACGAGAAAUCAUGAAGAAGGGAGACCUUGGCAUUGUGGAGAAAGAGAGUGUACGAGACCUUCAGACAGAAGCUGAUCGUGCUGCUCAGCGAUGUAUUAUUAGUUCUCUUAAUAAAUGCUUCCCCAAAAUAACAAUUAUCGGUGAGGAAGGAGAAGAUGAGACGAAGGUAACUAGUGGAAGUAUCUUCGAUCCGUCAACUAUGUCUUUGGUUGAUGUCACCUGCCCAGCUCACCUGUCGUCCAUGGCAGAAGAGGAGGUCGUAGUUUGGGUAGAUCCUUUAGAUGGGACUGCAGAGUACACGCAAGCUUUCGAAUGCAGUAAGAAUGGUCAUCAGGGGGUUUGUAAAGCACUGGGAGUGGUGUGCUCAAGCUUACUGGACCAUGUUACGGUCUUGAUUGGCAUAGCCUCGGGUGGGAAGGCCAUUGGGGGUGUCAUUCAUCAGCCUUAUUAUAACUACCAGAAUCCUGGGAGUGAGCUGGGACGUACAGUAUGGGGCAUUGUAGGAGGGGAAGUUGGAGGCAUGAAGAUCCUACCUCCACCAGAGGGCAAGUUGAUUGUGACCACCACAAGGUCCCAUUCAUCAUCGACUGUUAAUGAUGCGAUUUCUGCAGUCUCCCCUGAUGAAGUGCUGAGAGUAGGCGGUGCUGGCCAUAAGGUGAUGCUCCUCCUGGAAGGCAAGGCUCACCUGUAUGUGUUUGCAAGCCCAGGAUGCAAGAAAUGGGACACCUGUGCCCCACAAGCAAUACUAGAAGCAGCUGGUGGGAUAUUGACUGAUAUUCAAGGCAAUGCAAUUCCAUAUGAUGCUUCUGCACCUCACAGGAACUCGACUGGUGUCUUGGCUUCUGCAGCCGGGCAGAAGCAUGAAGUAUAUCUUGAACAGAUCCCUCAGCAUGUCAAGGAUAAUCUGAAAGCAUAGUCAUUAAUAGCUGUCACUUAGAGAAGGCAUUUUCCUAAACCUUGUUUUAUUAUUUUUUUUUCAUUCCAGUCAUUGAAAACUGUCUUUUUGUAAUGGAAGCAGAUAUUGAACAAAUUAUU